CACCAACCCUGAGGAGGCAUGGUGCGCUCACUUGGGACCCAGCGAGGGGCAGGUGUAUCUGCACAGUGGUCGCCCCACAGCAGAUACAUGUAUGUGUUCACAGUUUCCCGCACAAAACAGCUGAGCGCUACUGGAGAAGGUGCAGAACAUGUCUCAAUCCAUAGAGGUCUUGGACAGGCGGACCCAGAGAGACUUGCAGUACGUGGAGAAGAUGGAGAACCAAAUGAAAGGACUGGAGUCCAAGUUCAAACAGGUGGAGGAGAGUCAUAAGCAACACCUGGCCAGGCAGUUUAAGGCGAUAAAAGCGAAAAUGGAUGAACUUAGGCCUUUGAUACCUGUGUUGGAAGAGUACAAGGCCGAUGCCAAAUUGGUAUUGCAGUUUAAAGAGGAGGUCCAGAAUCUGACGUCAGUCCUUAACGAGCUGCAAGAGGAAAUUGGCGCCUAUGACUACGAUGAACUUCAGAGCAGAGUGUCCAAUCUUGAAGAAAGGCUCCGUGCAUGCAUGCAAAAACUAGCUUGCGGGAAGUUGACGGGCAUCAGUGACCCCGUGACUGUCAAGACCUCCGGCUCGAGGUUUGGAUCCUGGAUGACAGACCCUCUCGCCCCCGAAGGCGAUAACCGGGUGUGGUACAUGGACGGCUAUCACAACAACCGCUUUGUACGCGAGUACAAGUCCAUGGUUGACUUCAUGAACACGGACAAUUUCACCUCCCACCGUCUCCCUCACCCCUGGUCGGGCACGGGGCAGGUGGUCUACAACGGGUCCAUCUACUUCAACAAGUUCCAGAGUCACAUCAUCAUCAGGUUCGACCUGAAGACAGAGACCAUCCUCAAGACCCGCAGCCUGGACUAUGCCGGCUACAACAACAUGUACCACUACGCCUGGGGCGGCCACUCGGACAUCGACCUCAUGGUGGACGAGAGCGGGCUGUGGGCUGUGUACGCCACCAACCAGAACGCCGGCAACAUCGUGGUCAGCAGGCUGGACCCCGUGUCCCUCCAGACCCUGCAGACCUGGAACACAAGCUACCCCAAGCGCAGCGCCGGGGAGGCCUUCAUCAUCUGUGGCACGCUGUACGUCACCAACGGCUACUCGGGGGGCACCAAGGUCCACUACGCCUACCAGACCAACGCCUCGACCUACGAGUACAUCGACAUCCCCUUCCAGAACAAAUACUCCCACAUCUCCAUGCUGGACUACAACCCCAAGGACCGGGCCCUGUACGCCUGGAACAAUGGCCACCAGAUCCUCUACAACGUGACCCUCUUCCACGUCAUCCGCUCUGACGAGUUGUAGCUCCCUCCGCCUGGAAGCCAAGGGCCCACGUCCUCACCAGAGGAAACUCCUGUGAAACCGCUGCCAAAAAGAUACCAAUGAUACUAACAAUACCAAUUUUGCAAAAUCAUCAGCAGUGCGGAUUCUGACAUCGAGGGAUGGCAUUACCUCCGUGUUUGUCCCUUUCCAGCCGGCGGGCCACAGACAUCGGAAGAAACUCCCGUAUUUGCAGCUGGAACUGCAGCCCACGGCGCCCCGGUUUUCCUCCCCGCCUCGUCCCUCUCUGGUCACACAACAUGCUAAAGAGGCAAGGCAAUGACUGUUGGCCAAUUCUCACCGGGGAACAACCCACUGUUAGGAUGGCAUGAACAUUUCCUUAGAUCGUGGUCAGCUCCGAGGGAUGUGGUAUCUGGGCUCUUGGGGAGCCCCGGGCCACACCCGGCCGUAGGCUAGUGUAACUCGCAUCCCAUCGCAGUGCCGUUUCUUGACUGUGUUGCUGUCUCUUAGAUUAACUGUGCUGAGACUCCACGUAGCUCCUGGACCCGUGUCUAGUACAUACUGAAGCGAUGGUCAGAGUAUGUAGAGUGAAGUUGCUGUGCCCACGUUGUUUGAACUCGCGUACCCCGUAGAUAUAUUGUGCAGCGUUCUUCUGUUAUUCCCUUGAGGUGGUAACUUCGUAUGUUCAGUUUAUGCAAUGAUUGUUGUAGAUGCAAUGCCGUAGUUUGGAUUAAUAAGUGGAUGGUUUUUGUUUCUAAAAAGAAAAAAAAAAAUCAGUGUUCACCCUUAUAGAGACAUAGUCAAGUUCAUGUUGAUAAUAAUCAAAGGAAUUACUCUCUCUUCUUGUUAAAUUAGCUCAAUCAUGUAACCGCAGAUAGGAAGGGCUCACCUAGGGAAACUCUGGUUUCCGAUGGGACGGUAAAGUCAUACGGGCAACAGUGUGCGGGAAGUACAUUUUUUAAGUAAAACACAAAGGAAAACUUUGUACUAUCCAGUUAUCUAAGGAACAAUAAAAACAUUAGGAGAUC